UUUGGACCGAUGUGGAAGCAGCCUCCUUAGCGGCUAUUUAUCGUUGGUUAUAACUGCCUCUGUCUCCAAUAUGAUAUAAUUCUGCUCCACUGAUUUCCCAACAGCCGAGUCCAAUAUCGGCACGAGUUCUACCCCAAGAUCUGGGUCCCCGCAAACUCGUCUCGAGAUUCUCGACGCUCGAAGUUCCGACCGUCCGGCUGCACUUGCGGGAACUGCUGUACCCCGGAUUUUAAACUAUAAAUGGGGCAUGGAUCACAAUGUAGAACACCCAGAGUAUCACCUAUAGCAAUGGCCCGCCUCCCCCUUCUAAUCGGCAUUACAUGCCUAGCAGUUUCUGCUCUCUCGGCACCUGCUAUUUCAGCACGCAAGAAUCUUCCUUGGGCAGAUCUCGCAAUUUCGGCGCCUCCCAAUGGACGAUAUCUCUACCGCACCGCUACAGGCGACCCGUUUCUCUGGAUAGCAGAUACGAACUGGGAGCUCUUCCACCGGCUCAACAAAACUGACGCGGACUUGUACCUCGCCGAUCGAGCGGCAAAGGGCUUCACUGUUGUCCAGGCUGUGCUCUUGUCCAAGUACAAUGUGACCACUAUCCCUAAUUUCUAUGGCGACUUGGCCAUUGACAAUAGCGACCCUACGCAGCUGAAUGAGAAUUACUUCAGCUUCGUUGACUGGGUUACUGCGAGAGCCGCGGAAUACGGGAUCCUGAUCUGCUUCGUGCCGGUAUGGGGUCGGUAUGUUAAUGGCGGAUGGUAUGGGACCAUCGGACCGCGACUCUUCAAUGAGGAAAACGCCGCAGUGUUUGGGAAGUACCUUGGAAAGAGAUACCCCGGUAUACCCAAGAUGAUGGGCGGCGAUGCGAAUGGGUUCUGGGCCAACAAUGUUCCUCAGGCGCGGCAGGCGUGGAGAGAUAGCGAGGAUGAUUCCGCCGACCCUACUUCCUUUCUGGAUCCUAUUGAAGAUACCCGCGGGAUCUGGGCUGCCAUGAUGAAGGGGUUCAAAGAGGAAGAGGCAAAGGUUGGAUACGAUGCGUUUGUCACUUUCCAGCCGACGAGCCCUUGGAUCUCUGAUCCGCCUACUCCGUUGCCAUAUGGCCAUAAUUACAUCAACGGAACCCUAGGAACUCUCUCCAUGGACGCCGUUCAAUCCGGCCACGAAAACCCCGACCCCAACGGCAUCGAUGCAAAUUUCACAGUCCUCACCCCCUGGGACUCAACAAAGAACUACGAGAACAUCAUCCAGAUGCGCUCGCAGUUCCCCGGUCCGGUCAUGGACGUCGAGAACCAUUACGAAGGCGCGCACGAUUCCUUCGAUACCGACAAGCCGCUCUGGAAUGCGUCGCAUGUUCGUCAUGGCUUCUAUCCUGCGGUGUUUAGCGGUGCUUGUGGUAUCACCUAUGGGAGUCUUCCGGUGCAGCAGAGCUAUGAGAAUAGAUCGCUUGUUGCGAGCCCGGAGCAUUGGCAGGUGCCUCAGCUGGGGCUGUCGGAGGAUGCGAGCUGGCAUGAGGCAAUCCAUUGGCCUGGUGCUAAGCAGACUGGGUAUGUAGGGAAGUUGUUUACGUCGUUGUCCAGGGAGGAGUUUAAUGGAUUGAGGCCUGCGAGGGGGUAUAUCCGCUCACCGGAGGGAAAGGAGAACAUCCUCUCAUACGAGUCGAACCGGUAUAUCGCUGGUAUGAUUACCAAGGGGCACUACUGGGUGUACACAGGAUACGGUGACGCUUUUAAUCUCGACCUCGCAGGGAUCUCGGAGGAUUGGGGUUAUCCGGCCGACCAGCUGCAGGUUGAGUGGCUUGACCCUCGAACAUCCCAUACUCAUAAGGUGGACUCCGGAAUACUUGAAACUUCGAAGGAUGAGGCAACAUUUACGCCUCCGAGCAGCGGUGGAGUGGAUCACGACUGGGUGUUGGUCAUCAAGUCGACUUCUAAUAGUUGUUGAUGUCAGUCAGUCUGCCUGGGGUGGUAUGG